UCUGCAUUGCUUUCAUAAAAUUAAUAGAAGUAACUUGAAAUAAAACCAAAGGCUUAGGUAUAUAAAUAAAUUUGCUGUGUAGAAGAAAUUAACGAGUUUUACUUUGUUUAUGUGUACAACAUUACAGGAAAAUUUGGAAUUAUAGCACUAUCAAUAUUUUAACUUGAACUUAUUCUUAAAAUUUAUUAAAACUUUGAACACAAUGAUUUUAGAGAUUUUCGAAGAGUACAUUUGAAUUUUACAGAGUUAUAUCAGAACGUUGAAUAAUGUUUCAGAUUUCAUCGUAUUAUAUAUGAGAAUUUUGUACAGCGCCUUUAACUUGAACAAAAUCUUACAAUUUAAUAAGGAUUUGGAGCACAUUAUUUCAUGAAAAUUUUCAGCACUACAUAUGAAUUAUUUAUUACAAAAUUUGGAGACUUGAACUAGAUUUAGAACUUGGAGCACAUUGUAUAAAAAUUUUUGAGCACAAUUUAUUACAAAACUUGGAGAUUUGAACUGAAUUUAUACUUCAUAUUAACUUGGAGCACAUUUUAUGAGAACUUGGAGACUUGGAUUGAUUCUUACAGUUUUUGAGAACUUUGAGCACAAUUUACGAGAACUUUGGGCACGAUUGAUGAGAACUUUGUACAUGAUUUAUGAGAACUUUUGAGAACAUUUUUGAGAAUUUUGAGCACAAUUUAUGAGAACUUUGAACACAAUUUAUGAGAACUUGGAGACUUUUGAGAACAUUUAUGAGAAUUUUGAGCACAAUUUAUGAGAACUUGGAGACUUUUGAGAACAUUUUUGAGAAUUUUGAGCACAAUGUCUUAGAACUUUGAACAAAAUAUAUGAGAACUAAGAGAGUUGAACUGAUUAUGACAGCUUGUUAUUAGAAUUUUGAACACAACUUAUUAGUAGUAUGAACACAAUUUAUGAGAACUUUGAAUACUGACUUCAGAUUUUAUUUAAUUAAAUAUAUGAGGACUUUUACCACGGUCACGGUAUGAAUAUUACCAUAAGUUAGACCUUGAACAAUUACUAUGAAAUAGAACAGUUAAAGAAAAUAAGGGAUUUUAUAUCACCUAAAAAAUUCAAAUAAAGUAAAUUGUAAAAAUUUAGUAGUAGCAAACUUAAUUCAAAGAUAAGUCUGCUUUCGAACAGAAAUCAUGGCAUCCUCAGGAGAUCGCUUGCCAGCUAUUAUCCCACAAUCAGUACUUAAGGCAGACUAUAAUCAAGCUUCCCCAAUUUUCUCUGAAAAUUCUAGAGGUAAGCAGUGCAUGUGCAACUGCUUCAUGUUUCUGAUCUUAGCAAGUAUUGGAGAUGUUUCAUCAUGGAAUAAAGUAUAUCUUCACAAGUUAUUAAUGGCUGGGGAUUUUCUGUAUAAUUCCAUUCAAAAGUCAAAUGACUUAUUGCUAUUCUCAGACUUACCAAGAUAUAUCCAUUUUGAAGAGAGGUAUUUCUCAGUUGUUCACAAAAAAUCGUAUGCUGGCUGUAUGUCUUCUGAUAUUGUAACAGAUAUUGGGAUUAGUCUUGAAAAUUGUUUGAAUUUGAUAUUUGCCAAUCAGUGUGGAUGCAUUCUUAUUUUCAAUUCAUCAGCAAUAGCUAUUUAUUAUGACAGAAUGAACAAUAGGUACUAUGUAUAUGACUCACACUGUAGGGGUAACAAUGGUUUAUGUGAUCCAGAAGGAAAUUGCGUUAUGUCUACAUUUAGUUCAUUUGUUGUCUUAUGCGACUUCUUGCGGCAGUUGUGUAUGUCAAUCUCCUCACAUACAUUACAAACGGUGCAGUUUGAAGCUGCUUCCUACUCUGUAGUGCAAUGCCGAAAAAGACCACACAGACCAAAUUUUAUUUCAUUCUCAAAAAUGUCAUUGACCACUUGUGGUAUGACUGAUUCAUUUUUGAUUGAGAAAACACCUGUUAUUACAAAUAAGGCAAGAAAACGCAAACAUCCUACAUAUUCAUACAUGAGUAGUGAAGAAAAAAAUGCUUGCUCCCAGCAAAAGCAAUAUUAUCCCCGUAAUACUGAAGAGUUUUCCGUUCCUCGUGCUGACAUUAAGACUUCUACGAUAGGAAGUAAUACAUGUAGUUUCACGAUAUCGCACCCAGAGGUAUUAUGUGGAAGAGAACAAUUUGAAGAAAUGGAAACAAGUCAUUAUCCAUGUAAAACUGAAGAGUUUUCCGUUCCUGGUGCUGACAUUAAGACUUCUACGAUAGGAAGUAAUACAUGUAGUUUCACGAUAUCGCACCCAGAGGUAUUAUGUGGAAGAGAACAAUUUGAAGAAAUGGAAACAAGUCAUUAUCCAUGUAAUACUGAAGAGUUUUCCGUUCCUGGUGCUGACAUUAAGACUUCUACGAUAGGAAGUAAUACAUGUAGUUUCACGAUAUUGCAUCCAGAGGUACUAUCUGGAAGAGAACAAUUUGAAGAAACGGAAACAAGUCAAAACCUAACAAUUCCUGAAAAUAUUCCUAAUGCACCUGAUGAGGUGAUUUCAGUUAAAGAUUCAUUGCAAGAGAGUGAUGACAGUGACCAUGUAAUAAAGAGAUUCAAAGAUAUGGUAUCUGUUGGACCAGUAUAUGUUUGUUCCUGCUGCACACAAACAUGGUUUAGAGAGAAUGUUCAAAAAGCAGACACAAUACGUUCUCUCCCACUUGCACAACAGUGUUUACAAACUUUGAUAAGUGAACGCAAUAUGGAGUGGGUUUGUUCAUCAUGUUAUAGAUCAAUAAAAAAUGAAAAAGUGCCAACUUGUGCUGCCAUAAAUGGAUUCAGAUUUCCCGAAAAGCCACCGGAAUUGAAUAUUACAGAGAUGGAAGAGAGACUUAUCACUCCAAGAAUUCCUUUCAUGCAAGUAAUGGAAAAACCAAGAGGAGGACAGCGCAGUUUAAAAGGAAAUGUGGUUAAUGUCCCAUCAGAUGUAAAUACUACUGUUAAAUCUUUACCAAGAAUGCUUUCAGAAUCUGAAACCAUUCAAGUGAAACUCAAAAGGAAAACAAGCUUCAAACACCAUGUAUUGUAUGAAGCUAUACGACCAAGAAAGUGUAUUGAUGCCUUGAAAUGGCUCUUACAAAACAGCAAUAUGUUUCAAAAUGAAGAAAUAACCAUUAAUGAGAAUUGGGAUGUCUCUUGUGAGCAGUCAAGCUGGUAUGGAUUUAAUGAUGAAAAUCCUCAUGAGCUGAAUUCAGGUUCUAAAGAUUCAAAUUCUCUGGAAGAUGCAAAUUCUUUUGAAGAAGAAGAUGGAUGGACUGAAGAUGUUAAUUUUGAAAAUAGAUUGACAGGAAACACUGACACAUUGCUGCAUCCUGCAGAUGUUAGGUCUUUAAGCAAAGUUUUCUCAUUUGCACCUGGUGAAAAUCAAUCUCCACUUGGACUUUAUGAAGAUGUCAAUGCAGAAUAUCUUGCUUUUCCAACUAUAUAUUGCGGACAGAAGCGACCUGACAACAAAGACAGACAUACACCAGUAACAUAUGCUACAAUUUGUAAGUGGGAACUUAGAUCACAAGAUAGGAGAGCAGCUUGCUCUAUGCCAAGCUUAUUUUUUAAGCUCAAAAGACUGCAAAUCAAGCAAAUUCAAGAUAAAGUUGCCCUUGCCAUGCGAAAAUGCAAGACAGAAGGAAAGAAAAUUACAGUAUGCCAAGUAUUAGACAGUUCUUCCUUUGACCAGCUUGUAAGAUUAAAUGAAGGUUACAGAGUACUUCGAACAUUGAGAGGAUCACCUGCUUAUUGGGAGAAUGCAAAGCGAGAUGUAUUUGCAAUGAUAAGACAGUUAGGCAUUCCAACAUGGUUUUGCUCAUUCUCAGCAGCAGAAACAAAAUGGAGUAGUGUACUGAAAAUUUUAAACAAGACACUAUUUAACAAAAAUUUAACAGAUGAAGAAAUAAGAAACCUAUCAUGGGAGGAAAAGUGUGAUUUAAUCAGAAAAGAUCCUGUUACUUGUGCAAGGUAUUUCAACCAUAGAUUUCAAAUAUUUCUAUCGCAUGUCUUGAAAGGUAUAACACAUCCACUGGGAAAAAUAAAGGACUACUUUUAUCGUGUUGAAUUUCAACAGAGAGGUUCACCACACAUACACAUGUUGAUAUGGGUUGAAAAUGCUCCAAUUUUUGAGGUUGACUCUGUUGAAGACAUCACAACAUUCAUUGAUGAGCAUAGCACAUGUGCCAAGAAUGAGCAGAUAUCACAUCUGGUGAAUUAUCAAACCCAUCGCCAUGCCCGUACUUGCAAGAAAAAAGGGAAAAAUAUAUGUAGAUUUAAUUUUCCCUUGCCUCCUAUGCCAAAAACAACAAUACUUAAGCCACUCGAGGAAAAUGAAUUGGACAAAAACCCAGAUGUCGAGAAAAACUAUGCCAAAAUAUGUGAAGUUCUCAAUGAAAUCAAAUUAGACCAAUCUGGGUGCGAGUUCAUGAAUUUUGAAGAUUUCCUAUCAAAAAUGAAUAUGACAAAAGAAAUGUAUGAAAUGGCAAUCCGAUCAUCCUUGAAGACACCAAAAGUUUUCUUAGAACGCAAAGUGUCUGAAAUGAGAAUAAAUGCUUACAAUCACACAUUGUUGAAAGCAUGGGAAGCCAAUUUAGAUGUGCAAUAUAUUCUGGAUGGAUAUGCUUGUGCUGCAUACAUUGUCUCUUACAUUUCAAAAUCACAGCGAGGGAUGUCAAAUUUAUUGCAUGAUGCCUGUGAGGAAGCUAGGAAAGGAAACCUUACCCUGAAACAACAAGUUAGACAAAUUGGGAAUAAGUUUCUAACACAUGUUGAAAUAAGUGCUCAAGAGGCAGCUUAUAUUCUCCUGCAAAUGUCAAUGAGAUCAAGUAGUAGAUCAGUUGUUUUCAUAAAUACUAGUGAACCAGGAAAAAGGACAUUUUUAUUGAAACCAAUGGAAGUUUUGCAGGACAUGCCAGGAGAAUCUACAAAUAUUGAGUCAGACAAUUGGAUAAAACGCUAUCAAAGAAGACCCAGAGCUCUCCAAAACUGUUGUCUGGCAGAUUUUGUGUCAAAGUUUGACAUUGUCUUGCCUCCAAAAGAAAAAAGAGAGAACAUCAACAUGGAGUAUUUACCUGAACAAGAAAUAGAGGAGACAAAUGAGGAUGAAGAUAAUGUUGAAAAACUGACUUCAAACUCAGAGGUGAUGGAACUAGAAAAAGAGUACAUCAUGGGAGAUGGUUCAAUACUAAAGCAGAGGAGAACCCAAAAAGUCAUUCGGUAUGUGAGAUUUAAUAGAAAUCAAGACGCAGAAAAUUAUUACAGAGAACAGUUAAUGCUGUUUACACCGUGGCGAAAAGAAAUGGAAGAUUUGCUAGGAUCGCACUCCAGUUAUGAAAGCAAAUUCGAGCAAGAGAAAAGCAUAAUUUCAAAAAACAGGAAAGCAUAUGCCCUUGAUAAUGGUGUAGCUGAUAUUGCAGAAGACAAUGAAAUGGAUUUAUCAAAUGAGAGUGCAAAUGUUAUUUCAGAAGUUCAGCACACGGAAGAAAUUGAUUCCAAUUCAGAACAACAAAUGUGUUUGGAACAUGGUUGUUUCAAUCCAGAGAUAGCUGGAGUUUCCUAUGACUUGGGCUUAGAUUUGGGUAUCACAAGAAAGCAGGUUGAAAUUAAUGACCUGGUAUUCCAUGCAAUGAACGAUGAUGAAUACAGGAAACUUACUAGAGAACUAAAUGUGAAACAAAAACAGUUCUUUUAUCACAUAUUGCACAGUAUUAAGACUGACAAACUUCCAAUGUAUUGUUUUUUAUCAGGAGGAGCAGGAGUGGGAAAGAGUGUGUUAACAACUUGCCUCUACCAAAGUAUUGUCAGAUAUUUUUCUAAGCAAUUAGCAGAUAAACCAGAUGAAAUCAAAGCUGUUUUGUGUGCUCCAACAGGUAAAGCUGCAUUCAAUAUCAAUGGCCAAACAAUCCACUCAUUAUUCUGCAUCCCUGCAAACCAGAAUUUGAGAUAUACGCCCUUAGAUGUACAGCAGUUGGACAAUAUGAGAGUCAAAUUCCGUAGCCUGAAAGUGCUGUUUAUAGAUGAAAUAUCAAUGGUUGGAAAUAAAAUGUUCAAUUUCAUCAAUAUGCGCCUUCAAGAAAUUUUUUCAAACAACCAGCCCUUUGGUGGAAUUAGUAUCAUCGCCAUUGGUGAUCUAUAUCAGUUAAAACCUGUCUUUGAUGGUUGGAUCUUUGAGGAUUUACUUGAAGGUUAUGGUCCUCUUGCACAAAAUCUGUGGUGGGAUUUGUUCAGAAUGUUUGAAUUAACAGAAAUAAUGCGACAAAAAGGAGAUCGAGAUUUUGCUGACAUAUUAAACAGAUUGCGUGAAGGUAUCCACACAGAAAAUGACAUGAAAGUAAUACAGAAAAGACAAAUAUGUAUGGAGAAUGGGCAAACGUCUGAGUUUGAUAACUUACCCCAUUUAUUUACUACAAAUGCAGAAGUUAACAUCCACAAUAUGGAAGCUUAUAGAAAUGCUUCUUCUGAGAAAAAGUGUCAUGUCUCUGCGCUAGAUAAUGUCACAGGUGAUGUUUCGGAGGAUAUAAAAAAGAAAAUUUUGACUCAGGUCUCGGAUGAUCCUAGUAAAACAAUGGGUCUAUUGAAAGAUCUCUAUCUUGUUCUUGAAUUACCAGCUGAGAUUUGUUUGAAUAUAGAUGUAGUUGAUGGUCUAACUAAUGGGUCACCAUGUUUAGUGAAGAAGUUUGAUUUCAGAGUGUCAGAUUCUACAAGGUGCAGUAUAAUAUGGGUUAUGUUUGAAAAUGAGAGUGUUGGUGCUGCACACAGAUCAAAAUACUCUCAUUAUUACACAGCAUCUAUCCCAAAAACAUGGACUCCAAUAUUUGAAGUUUCAAGAAAAUUUUCAGUUGGAAGGUACAAAGCCUGUAAUGUAACAAGGCGACAAUUCCCAUUACGACUUUCAUGUGCAAAGACAAUACACAAAGCCCAAGGUUCAACUAUGAAAAAUGUUGUGUUAGAUUUGGGAAAAAGGAAACAGGAGCAUAUGCAUUAUGUGGGCAUGAGCCGGGUGCGCUGUUUAAAUGAUUUACAUAUCUUGAAACUGAAUGAAGGCAAGAUAUCAGUCUCUCCAAAAGUUGUUGAAGAAAUGGUUAGGCUUCGAAGACAAGCUUCAUUGUCCUUGUGUUUACCAAAUUUGUCACAGAUCAAUUCUGAUGUGAAAAUUAUUUAUCACAAUACAAGGUCUCUUCACAAGCACUUCAUAGAUUUGAAAAAUGAGGAAAACAUCAAAUCUGCUGAUAUUAUUGCAAUUUCAGAGAGUAGGUUAAAGACAUCAGACAGAGAUGAUGAUUAUGAUCUCCCAGGAUUUCAAAUGUUUAGAUUUGAUGGUUCAGACAAUUUUUGUGAGAGGUCAUAUAGUGGCAUGGUCAUUUAUUCCAAAUUAACAUUCAUUGAUUUGGACUACCGUGUCAUUCAUGGAAUUGCCACAGUUAUUGCAAGUUUUCUACAUAGGGGUCAUGUAUUUCAUAUUUUUUUUUUAUACAGUCCUCCUAAACAGUCAUCAAUUGGUUCUUUUACCAAGUAUCUUCAAACUAUACUUCAGGAUUUUGAUGCAGGUUCAGAGCCUGUUAUCAUCUUAGAUGAAUGCAAAGAAACUAGAUGACCUUAUCCCACAAGAGGGAUCAACAACAGCCUUACCUUUAUCCCCAAGGAGGAAAAGGGAGGCCAUUAAGAUUGGUGAAUAUGUGGAAACUUCACCUUCUGCCGCUUCUGAAUGACAGAAGGAAACAAAACCCACCACAACAUAUGAAGGUAUGACACAGUCAUAACUGUUAAAGUUGGACAGACAGAUGUGCAAGAAAUCUUAUUCUGCAAGAUGAUGGUAAUGGUAUGAUUGUGCCCCAAUGGACGGAAAGGGAAAGAAGGAUCAUUAAGAUUGGUGAAUUUGUGGAAAUAACACACCAUGUCCCUUCUGAUCAGAAUGGCAGAAGAAAACAUAACUAGAAACAUUAUUCUGAAGGAAAAAUUACCGGAAGAGGCAGUAGUCUGGGCAUGAUGGACUUUUGUAGUACCUUUGGAGCCAUCUUGAAAUGCUUAAUAGACUUUGAAUUAAUUCUUGUUUUAAUUGCUACUAAUAAUGCAAAAAAAUUGUACAAAUCAGUGAAAUAGUCAACAAACAUAUAUUGUUAGUGCAUUUAAU